AAGAGAUCUAUAUUGUUUUAACCAGUGAGAGUCACCGCUUUAGGAACUGUGAGCUAAAAUUCAAAUCAAAUUAUCCUAAUGGAAACUGACGAUCUGAAUACUAGUGUGGCUUUUGAGAUACGUAUACGAGAUCAAAUACGAUCUCCAAGUUCAGUACGGGUGUCUUCUUCUCGCAACCGUGCACCACUAAGUGAAAUCGAUCUGACCGAAAAACUCGAAAAAGCAAGUCAAAGACGAUCAAGUGUUCUGGCAGAAACAGUAAACAAAAGUGAGCAGCAUGUCCAGCUUGUAAAAGCAAGGAUUGAGCAAGGCAAGGAAAAAAUUAUAAACCGUUCCAACGAAAUAAUGGAGAAUCUUGCCGAAGAUUUGGCUUUAAAAUCAUCAAGAAGACAACAGAUCAUCGACAAAAUCGUUACUAGCAACAAAAAGGAGGUUGAAAGGGCGAAACUACUCGCAGACGCUCGUUCAUCUCCUCAAAGAUCACUACUCCAACAGAUAAAUGAUGACAUGUCGAAUAAGGAGAAUAAUCGUCGCUCGUAUAUUCAGAACAUCGUGCAGCAAUGCCAAUCUGAGAUUGAAAAGGUUGAAUCCGCACGAUCUCGACGUUCGGCCAAUAAUAGCAGUGCUGAUUGAAUUACCUGAUAAUCUUCUUUUUUAUGACGAAUAAUGCAUUUCACACUGUCUCUGCUAUUCAUAUAUAUACAUAUUCUUUGAGAUGGGACCAUAAAUAAAUUUAUAUAAAUGUACUACUUUUCUUAUAUCUAUUUGUAAUGAUAAGUAAAAACAGUUUUUUUUUUGUUCAGCGAA